GCCAACUUUAGUCCAUGACUUUGGCUGACCGGAGCCGUGUCUGAUCCCAGGGAAUUCAUCAGCCAACCUCUCCCUUCGCCACCUCCGGCACCGCCCCCAAGGCGCUCGACCCGCCGGGCAGAUGUACGACCGAGCCCCGCGGGACACGAUCUUCGCCUCGGCGCUGGGCAGCACAGGGCCGGCCGUGGGCCCCGCCUCUUACAACGCCAGCGGCAGCAAGUGCAGGGAAGGGGAUGGAUACGCUCCCUUUCUGUCUUUGACAAGCCGUGAAUCUGUGUUAAUUGCUCCUGGAGCUCUCCUGGUCCCAGGUCCACAACACUAUGAUGUUAAUCCUGUUCAGGAGCACAUCAAAGGAGGGCAGAGCAUGAAGAACAGGGAGAUCCGUUUCAAAGAAGUUGGAGCAGACUUACCAGGACCUGGUUCGUACAACGUGCACCCAAUGAACCUUGUCGAGAGAGUGAAUAAAGCACCCAAGCCACAGUGCACGGCGUUAGUAACCAACCCUGCCGCGAGUGCCCCGUCGAUCCCUGCAUCUAGCCAAUCCUACGGCUACGAGGAGGCUGAAGAUGGUGUUCUGUCCAGGCACUUACUGCCUUCUAGAGAUACAUCGCUGGGUCCCGCCUAUUACAGCCCACAAUACACUGAGCCAUAUCCUACUCGCCAAUAUAAAGGAGUGCAUUUUGGAAACAGGACGUCAAAACGUCUUAAUUUUAAAAUCCCGCUGGGACCUGGACCAGGCUCCUAUGAUAUCCAGAAGGAGAGUACCCUUAAUUACGAAAACCUUAAUAUGAAGAACAUUGAUCAAAAACGAGAGUCUUAUGUGCCCCGAUUUAUUGAUGCGGUUGUACAAGAGGAGGAAAAGAAGGGCUUUCCUGGACCAGCAAAAUAUGAGAUAAAAGGACAGUUUAACGAAAAGACAAAUGUGCUGAAUAAGUACAUUCCUCCACACCCACCAUUCCUGUCUCAGACCAAGAGGUUUCUGCCGGAGAAGUCCAUCACUCCAGCUCCUGGGUGGUAUGAUGAUCCACGUACGGCACUACAGACCCUGAAGAGGAUCUCGACGAAGGGUCCAGGAACCUACAACGUCACAAACCACACUCUUGCUCGAGAAAGCCUGAAGAAAGCUGCUUUAGAAAGUUCGACUCGCAUCAAGCACCGAGACAAUUUUGACGUGGAGCUGAUUGCAACAGACAGCAAUGGAAACCACUUCCUUCUCUCACAGCAGCCUGCUUACAGUAACAAUCUGCCCACUGCCUGGAACAGCUGUUCAACGAGCCCUCCUCCAGGUCUUCAAAUUAUCCCGGAAAUUAGGGAGAUAAAGAACAACUACACAAAACAUAAAAGCUCAUCCUUUGCUUCGUUGACAGAAAGAAUGCCUGCUCCAGGAGCCCAGGAUUUUCCAGCACCAGGCUCCUAUGAAGUGCAAAAGGCAUAUGAGAAAACUCAAGCCAGAGGUCCCGGCACUUCAGAUGAAUUCACGUGCAAUUCGUUCCUCACGACAGUGCCAAGGAACUUCAAUCCAAUUCGGCAGACUGCAGACGAACCUGGUGGGGUUUUGGAGGUUCAACGUGGAGGUGAUGGGUAUGUGAAGGAGAAUAGGUUCCAGGGAAAGAAGUGGGAGAAUGGGAGUGAUAAGAAUGCUCUGCGAGCCAGUAUAGGGUCAAUGGGCCUAAAGGCCUCCUUCUGUGUUGUGAAAACAUAUGAGAAAUAA